AUGCCCGUCUUGAGCGAGCGCGAGCUUGAGCUGCCCGCACCUACCGGGGCCUCAGUGGCGGAGGCCCCAGUGAUGGUGUCCUCCGGCGAGUCCGGCGAGGAGGAGAGGCCUGACUCGGAGGCGACCCUGGAGGGGGCGGGGGAGACUUCUCCUCUUCGCAUGGCGAAUCUCCUCCGCACCUUCCCUGACGAGGAGGAGGCCGGCGAGCAUCCGGUGAGGGACUCGCCGGGCCCCGCCGGAGUUACGACAAGGUCCGGGGGCACCCCUUCGAAGGAGCCGCCGGCCGGUGUCCCAAAGAAGAGCAGAUCGGCGCUGAUCUCCCGAGGCGACGCUUCUGCUCCGUCGCCAGCCGGUGCUGCCGCGGGUCCGGCCGCUGUGCCCUUGCCUGCCCCUGGGGCCCGCGUGCCAGUGCCCCAGCCCAUGAAGCCUCCGGUCUUGGUGCUUCAGAAAAGGCCGAGGGAGUAUGCCCCCGUAGACCAGGUCGGCGAUGGCUCCCUAGCCUCAGCGUCCGGAACAUCCUUGCAAGAUCCAGAAGCCCGUCCUCGGGAGAAGGCAAUCUCCGCAGCCAAGCUGGCUCCUGAGUCCUCCGCCCCCAGCUCACCUGCUGAGGCCGCGAAGGCUCAGGAGUCCCCGGCUCCUUCUACUGCCGCAAAUCUGCAGACCCUAGUGCCGAUGUCAUCUCUUCCCCUUUUCGUCGCUCCGCUGGGCCGUUAUCCCCCUGCUUCGCCUAACGCCCUGGAGGACGCCCUUCUCGCGCUGACCCAGCUCCGGGAAGACCUUCAAGGCGCCGACCGUCGCCUAGCGGCAGGGCGCCUGGAGUUGAUUUCGGGGUGGCUACGAUCCGAUGCGUCCGUGAGGGCGGCAUGGGGUCAGGCCAUGGCAGCUUCUGAGGAGGGUAAGCGGGCCACCGAUCUGGCCGCAGCCGCCCGCGAGGUGGCGUUGAAGGAUGACGAGGCCGCCAAGGAGCGCUGUCGGGUGGCGGAGGCCGAGCUAGAGACCCUGUGUAACGAAUGCACUGCCGAGGUUCGCCAGCACGGGGCGCGAGAGGAGAAGCUGAAGGCUCGAGAAGACGCGGUCGUCAGCCGUGACGCUGAGCUGGAGCAGCUGGCGCGGGCACAGACCGCGGAACAUGACCGGCUGGGGAAGCUGGAGAAGAAGGUGGAAGCGGAGAAGGCCCAGCUGGAAGUCAAGGCAAAGGUUCUUGCCGAAGAUCGCGUGGCCUUCAAAACCCCUGAGUUGAAGUCCCGCGAGGCGCUGCGAGAGCUCUACGGGAAGGGCUUGAAGAAGCCGUUGGUGACUGAUGAAGAAGGCCCCACCAAGCUACUCCCUCAGCUCCUCACUGCGCUCGAGGGCGUUGUUAAUGGGAUCGGCCCCAUGGUGGAGGGGAAUCCCGCGCGCUCUCCUCUUCGACCCUGA